UUUCUCUUCUCUCUUAAAAAAAAAUUCCCUCUAGCAAAACCCUAAUUUUCUUCUGGUUUGGGUGGCCGGCGGCGGUUUCGUCCGCUCUUCCUCGCGCCGGUCGCCCCCAUCCUUCUAGUUUCUGAUUCCUCUUCGCUUCUCCUCUCCCUCUUCCCCCUCGUUUUCCUUUCUCGGAGUUCUAAGGCUCUGCGCCACCCGCGGGUCAGAUCUGACGUUUUUGGCUUCGGAUCUCCGGAGAAUCGAGGCGGCGGAGUGGAUGUUUGGCUCUCUUUGGCAAAUCGUGGUGGUGGUGGUCUAGAUCUGGGUCAGAUCUGGAUUCGGAGGCGGGUUUCUCUCUCUUCCUCUACCUCCUCUGUUUGUCUUCUCGGCGCGGGUGAGUCGACUGCUAGGCUGAAGGCGGUGCUGCGUUCCCGGAGUGGUAGAGUUGCGGUGUUUCUUCUGCUCCUUCGGUGUUCGUUGGUGGUGUUCUUGUUAAGCCAGCCAGUCCUUCUCUCAGGGGCUCGUCGGAGUAACUAUUCGUUCCAAGCCAGAUUGGUCCGUUACAGGUUCUCCGUAGUGGUGGCGCAUGCGAGGAGGUCAGUCGUUGGACUUGUCAACCACGGUUGUUCUUCUCGGUGGCGACGCGUGCGGAGUCUGCAAGUCUCAGGGGAUAGAUCCUGGGCUUCCCUCUGACCGCUUUGGCUUAAGGCGGUGCUUGUUUGUUCUGUCAUUUUGGUGCAGGUACGGUGGUGUGUGGCGACUUUGGUGACUCCUUCUCUAAAUAAAGCUCGUCUUUGUCUGAGUGGGUGUUUUGGUCUCGAUGUGAUAGCUUCGAUCUGUGAAGGCUGUAAGUCAAGAUGCCUUCGCAAGCUGUUCUUGAAGAACUCAAUCUUAAAGAACUGAUCAUCGGAUCUGAGCUGAGCUCACCGAACGCUCACGGGGGCAACGUCGCAUGGUCUCUGAUCAGAAGAAGAAAGCCUAACAACAAUCCAAAUCGAAAAAUGGAGCAGCUGAAGACAAUCGGGAGAGAGCUAGCGAUGGGGUCACAAGGAGGGUUCGGGCAGUCGAAAGAGUUUCUCGAUCUGGUCAAAUCAAUCGGCGAGUCCCGAUCCAAAGCCGAGGAAGACCGAAUCGUCCUCACCGAGAUCGACACACUCAAACGCAAGCUCCUGGAGCCAGACAUCCCCAAGCGAAAACUCAAAGAGCACAUCAUCCGCCUCGUCUACAUCGAGAUGCUCGGCCACGACGCCUCCUUCGGCUACAUCCACGCCGUCAAGAUGACUCACGACGACUCCCUCCUCCUCAAGCGCACCGGAUACCUGGCCGUCACGCUCUUCCUCGACGAGGACCACGACCUCAUCAUCCUCAUCGUCAACACCAUCCAGAAAGACCUCAGAUCCGAUAACUACCUCGUCGUCUGCGCCGCGCUCAACGCCGUAUGCAGGCUGAUCAACGAGGAGACGAUCCCGGCGGUUUUGCCUCAGGUGGUGGAUCUGCUUAGCCACGGGAAGGAGGCUGUGAGGAAGAAGGCGAUCAUGGCUCUGCAUAGGUUUCACCGGAAGUCUCCGUCUUCGGUUUCUCAUUUGGUUUCUAAUUUCAGGAGGAAGCUGUGUGAUAAUGAUCCGGGGGUGAUGGGCGCUACGCUCUGUCCUCUCUUUGAUCUUAUUAGUGAAGAUGUUAAUUCGUAUAAGGAUUUGGUUAGUAGCUUCGUCAGUAUUCUCAAACAGGUCACUGAGAGAAGGUUGCCUAAGAGUUACGACUACCAUCAAAUGCCUGCACCUUUCAUCCAGAUCAAGUUGCUGAAGAUAAUGGCGCUGCUGAGUAGUGGUGAUAAGAGUGCGAGUGAAAUGAUGUAUAUGGUGCUUGGAGAUUUGUUCAGAAAGUGUGAUUCCUCUACCAAUAUAGGAAAUGCCAUCCUUUAUGAGUGUAUUCGCUGUAUCUCUUGUAUAGUUCCAAGUCCCCAGCUGUUAGAAUCUGCUGCUGAUGCUAUCUCCAAGUUUUUAAAGAGUGAUAGUCACAAUCUGAAAUACAUGGGGAUUGAUGGUCUUGGUCGAUUGAUUAAAAUAAGCUCUGACAUUGCUGAGCAGCACCAACUUGCCGUGAUUGAUUGUCUGGAGGUGAGCAGCUAUAAAGGAAACUUCUUUGAAGUUGUUUGUUUUCAUGUCAGCACAUUGUUUUUUUUUCCGGGCCUGAUGUUUCUUACUUUCCAACAGGAUCCAGAUGAUACACUAAAGAGGAAAACUUUUGAAUUGUUGUACAAAAUGACCAAGUCCUCUAAUGUAGAAGUGAUAGUAGACCGGAUGAUUGAUUACAUGAUUAGUAUCAAUGACAAUCAUUACAAAACUGAGAUAGCAUCUCGUUGUGUUGAGUUGGCUGAACAAUUCGCUCCAAGCAAUCAAUGGUUUAUCCAGAUUAUGAACAAAGUCUUCGAGCAUGCAGGAGAUCUGGUAAAUAUUAAGGUGGCGCAUAAUCUGAUGCGUUUGAUUGCUGAAGGAUUUGGAGAAGACGAUGACGAUGCAGACAACAAGCUUAGAUUAUCAGCUGUAGAAUCGUACUUGCAGAUUAUCAGCGAGCCAAAGCUUCCAUCACUGUUUCUUCAGGUCAUUUCUUGGGUGUUGGGAGAAUAUGGCACAGCUGAUGGGAAGUAUUCCGCCUCCUAUAUAAGUGGAAAGCUGUGCGAUGUGGCUGAUGCAUACUCAAGUGACGAAACUGUUAAGGGAUAUGCUGUUUCUGCACUGAUGAAGAUUUAUGCAUUUGAAAUUGCAUCUGGGAGAAAGGUGGAUGUUUUGCCAGAGUGCCAAACUUUGAUCGAGGAGCUACUUGCGUCACAUUCAACAGAUCUGCAGCAACGGGCAUAUGAACUUCAGGCUCUUCUUGCACUAGAUGCCCGUGCUGUGGAGAGUAUACUACCUUUAGAUGCUAGUUGCGAAGAUAUCGAGGUUGAUAAGGAUCUUUCAUUUCUCAACGGCUACAUCCAACAAGCUAUUGAGAGUGGAGCGCAACCAUAUAUAUCUGAGAGAGAGCGGUCAGGAAUGUUUGAAACAACCGAUUACCAUUCUCAAGAUCACCAUGAAGUUACAUCUCAUGCUCUCAGAUUCGAAGCCUAUGAACUUCCAAAGCCAUCAGUACCAUCACAAGCCUCGACCACCGCGCUUGUUCCAGUACCUGAGCCUUCUUAUUACAGCGAGCCACACCAGCCAAUUUCAACUUCUUCUUCCGUGUCUGAACGAGAGUCAUCAGAAAUCAAGCUGAGACUCGAUGGAGUUAAACAAAAAUGGGGUAGACCCAGCUAUCAGUCGUCCACAUCCGCUUCUUCUUCUACUCCUCCGCAAGCAGCAAAUGGUACCAGUACUCACUCGGAUGGUGGAGUUGCCUCCUCAUCUAGCUCAAGACCUCGAAGCAGUUAUGAACCAAAGAAACCCGAAAUCAAUCCUGAGAAACAGAGACUCGCUGCAUCCUUGUUUGGUGGAUCAUCAACGUCAAGAUCUGAUAGAAAGUCAUCUUCUGGUGGUCACAAACCGGCAAAAGGAACAGCUAACAGAGCUGCAACCGUCCCCAAGGAAAAUCCAACCCCUGUACCAGACUUGCUCGACUUUGACGAGCCAACUGCCACUAGUGGUGUUGCAGCGACGGAUCCUUUUAAAGAGUUGGAAGGGCUUAUGGAGUCUUCGAGCCAAGAUGGUGGUGGUUCAACCGAUGUGAUGGGACUUUACGGUGCACCUGUGAAGACAACCACAAGUGUUGACUCUCUCUUAUCAGAGCUGUCUGAUAGCUCCAGAGGCACAUAUCAUCAAUCUCAAACCACAAAAGGACCAAACUCAAAGGAAGCUCUGGAGAAAGAUGCUCUUGUUAGACAGAUGGGUGUGAACCCAACAAGUCAGAACCCUACACUGUUCAAAGAUCUCCUCGGCUAGCAGAACCAUUCUCCCAACCAGACCAAACCAAAACAUCCAUCGACUCACAUAAUUAUCAUCAUCAUCAUCAACUUCGCCAGACGUUCCCAUAUUUGGUAAUGCGUUUGUGGAGUUUGUUGGUAAUGCUUCUGAUUUCACAUUCUCAAGUCUCAACCUCGCCACAUUCACGUAUAGUUCUGAUGCGUUGAGGAUAAGUAAUGUUUCUGGUUCAAGAACAGCUUUUUGUUGUACCUAUGUUCCUUGGAGAUUUUUUGUUUUCAAAGGUUUCUCUUUUUUUUUUCAUAUCAGUGAAUGGUUGCUGUGUUGGAUUUUGGAGCUUCUCUUGUUUGUAUCUAUAGAAACAUUGGUACUAUUA